AGGGGCAGCCCAUCCUUGCGGUUAAGGUAAUGGCCAUGGGCAUAUCCAACUCCCAUAGUGUGACAGACGGUGUAUACAAGGCCCAGGAACGAAUUCACCGCCGUAUGGCUCACCGACUAGCAAUUCUGGCUCCGGCUUCUUGCAGGCGAGUUGCAGCCUACAAUCCGAACUUAUGACGAGUUUUUGGAGAAAAAAAAAACUGAGGUUAUUUUCGGAAUUGAAGUAAUAGGAGAUGCUGGGAAAAAGUUUCGCCCUUUCCUCCCAAACGCAAACCAGAAACUGCGACAUUCCUCCCACAUUGUUCGUGCUAGAAAGAACACCACUCUCAUCUAUGGAGGAGAAAGAAGCAGUGGAAAUCGCAUCAUCACCACCACCACCUGAAGCCGAAGACGAUCCUUCAUCGACGCUUCUGGAUCUCACCAGCUACCAGCUUCACGACCUAGACUCGGUCGAGUUACCCCCAAACCUCACCGAGUUAGACCUCACCGCGAAUCGCUUAACCACCCUCGACCCUCGCAUAGCGAACCUCUCCAAUCUCAACAAACUCUCCCUCCGGCAGAAUCUCUUCGCCGACGACGCAAUCCACCCUCUCUCUUCCUGGACCACCCUCUCCUCGCUCCAGGAGCUCGUGCUGCGGGAUAAUCAAUUGAGGAACAUUCCAGAUGUUAGCAUAUUCAAGAAGCUUUUCGUUUUCGAUGUUUCGUUCAACCAAAUCACUUCGCUGCACGGGUUGUCGAAGGUUUCCGAUACGCUGAAGGAACUCUAUGUAUCGAAAAAUGAAGUAGCUAAGAUUGAGGAGAUUGAUCACUUCCAUGAAUUGCAGAUUCUCGAGCUUGGUUCUAACAAAUUACGGGUUAUGGAGAAUUUGGCUAGCCUGGUGAAUUUGCAGGAGCUUUGGCUUGGACGGAAUCGAAUUAAAGCUGUGAACUUGUGUGGUCUGCAAUGCAUUAAGAAGCUUAGUUUGCAAAGCAAUCGUCUCACUUCCAUGACUGGACUUGAGGGUUGUAUAGCUCUGGAAGAACUCUACUUGAGCCAUAAUGGUAUCACAAAAAUGGAAGGUCUGUCAUCUUUAGUCAAUCUCCGUGUUUUAGAUGUGUCAUCAAAUAAGUUAACCUCUGUGGAUGACAUUCAGAAUCUGACGCAGUUAGAAGAUUUGUGGCUUAAUGACAACCAAAUAGACUCACUCGAAGGAUUUGAUGAGGCUGUCGCUGGUUCAACAGAGAAGCUUACCACCAUCUAUCUAGAAAAUAACCCAUGUGCUAAGUUAUCCAACUAUGCCGCCAUCUUAAGGGAAAUCUUCCCCAACAUCCAACAAAUUGAUUCUAAUGUAUUUUCUUAGAAGCUUCUUGGCUUCUGCUUUUCCCAAACAGUAGCUUUGAACCUUCGUCUUUUUGUAUCCAUUUAUUCUGGUUUGAAAGAUUGAUGAUUUGGCUCUGCACACCUAAUGAAGAAAAUAUGCUUAUAAACCAUUGGAAACAUUAUGUGGCCAGACCAUUGGUUACCAGUCGAAUGAAUAUGCUUGUUAUGUGUAUUGUUUUGCAGACAAGAUUUUGUUUUAUUUGUGUCCUUUUUGGCAACCAAUUUUUGAAGUAAGACUUUCGUGCAAA